AUGAUCGCAUCUGACAAAGGCUUGGAUCAGUUGAAUCUUUCUGGCCUGACCCCUGCCCAGUUGCAGGCCUUUGGCGCUGGGAUUGCCGCUGGGGCGGCAGCUGGAGGCAAUGGCCCAGCUGCCGGGAUGAAGAAGCAGAAGCAGAAGAAGCCUGGCCAGGGGAAGUCGAAGUUUGUUCUGCUGCGUCGGGAGAAGGUGGCAGCCAUGGCCGAGAUUUCAGCUUCAUCCACCACCACCUCCACCACCACCUCCACCACCACUCUCCUCCCAAGUAGGAGCUCGCUCCAGCUCCUACGCAGCCCCUCACGAUGGCGUCCAAAGACGCUUUCAAGGAUGACAUGUAAGAGCAGCGCACAAGAGCAUAGGUGA